CUUAAGUUAAUUUAAAAAACUACAAGUUAUCUAAGAAUAAAUAAAUUAGUCGAUAAAAAUGUCAACACGAUGGUAUCCUAUAUAUCAAAAAGGAAAUCCACAAUUAAGAGUAUUUUUGCCUAAUUUUUGGAUGAAAUUGGUACGAUCGGAAGGUAAACAACAACCAAACAAAGUAACCUUUCAUUGCUCAAUGGAAAUGACAAAACACGAUGUCAAAAAUUAUAUAGAGAAAAUCUAUAAUGUUCCUGUAGUGAACGUAAAUACUCGAAUUGCUAUGGGAAAAUUUCGAAAAGACAUUGGAAAAGGCUAUGUUGUGAAAGAUGAUGAUGUAAAGUUUGCCUAUGUUACUUUGCCAAAAACCAUGAAAUUUGACUUCCCUAAUAUAUUUGAGAAGAAAAAAGGUGAUGGUGAUGAUGAUAUGAAGUCAUUAGAUGAAGCCAAAAAAUCGUUUAAAAAUUAUAUAGAACGUAACAAGGAUAGGUCUGAUGUCCCAAGCUGGUUUUCUAUAUAAUAUUCUAAAAAUCUGUUUAAAAGAAUUAGUUGUAAUUAGAUUCUAUACUAUUUAUAAUAAAAGAAUAUGAUGAAA